AUUUAUAUCUAUGACAAUUCAAAAACAUGGCUACCAUGUGGAAAAUAAAUUAGUCGUAGUACAGUUUGUAAACAAGUUUCUUAUUUAGUUUUUACGAUCAUUUUGUUUUCGUGCCACGAAGGCGAGAUCUCGUUCGCGUCGAUCCUAAAGAAAUACCGACCGUAUUUCCUCGAUGAGAUUUACACAAAAUAAUUGAGCGCUGAUUUCACCAAGUGAAACUAUUCGUGUUUUUAAUAAUACCUAUGGCCACGAUUUUCAUGCCUAUCUGAUACAUCCUAACGGAUUUCUGAAGAAUAAAAACGUAAACGGAGUCUAAUACUGUUCUACUUGGUUAUUGGGCACUACAUAUUUCCAAGUGAAACAUACACAAUGAUGUGUGUCUGAUGUUAAACAUAUCGACAAGUAAACGCAACUACUCAUUCAGAAUUUAUACAAAUUUUGUGCUACUGUCUGUUGACGAGAAGACAUAUACUUUAUUAAUGUCAUUGAGAAAAAUUAAGACGUGCAUUUAAGAAAAAAUUUUUAACCUAACUUCCCAGAAGAUUAUAGUAUGUCAAUAAAUACGACACGUACGAGAUAAAGAUUCUAUGUAUAAUAUAUAGAGAGCAUUAUUUAUAAAUUGACCUCGAUGGAUUCCACUGAAUUUGAGUCUAUUAUAAGACAUCCAAGGACUAUAAUUCACAUAGAUGUCGACUGCUUUUAUGCCCAAGUGGAGAUGCUGAGACAUCCGGAAUUGGAAGGCAAACCGUUAGGAGUGCAACAGAAGAACAUAGUAGUGACGAGCAAUUAUUUGGCACGGGAAUACGGAAUUAAAAAAUGUAUGCCAGUACAGGAAGCUUUACGUUUGUGCCCAGGGCUGGCCCUGGUCAACGGCGAGGACUUAACCAAUUACCGACAAUUCUCUACCAAAAUAUUAGAAAUAUUACAUCAGUUUACUCCCCUGGUCGAACGGUUGGGUUUCGACGAUAACUUUAUAGACGUAACGUCGAUUGUACAGAAAUAUAUGAAUUCCGGAAAUGAAUCCGAAGUGAACAUGAGCAUUUCAAUGGAAGACGAGACUCCGGUCGGCGAAGUGUUCGGUCAAUCCGAAGAAGAAUGUCCAUGCGGUUGCCACGCGCGAUUAAUCACAGCGUCAAAGAUCGCGGCAGAGAUAAGGGAACGAGUUUAUAAGGAAUUGCGCGUAACGUGCAGUGCUGGAAUAGCGCAUAACAAGCUGUUGGCGAAAUUAGUCGGGUCGUUACACAAACCGAAUCAACAAACGCUGGUAUUCCCGUGCAGCGCGCCCAUGCUAUUAUCUGAAAUAGGAUCGGUAUCUAAAAUACCAGGAGUCGGACAAAAGACCACGCAGUUAUUAGUGUCUAACAAUAUAAAAACGGUGGACGAUUUACGGAAGACUCCUUUGGAAACAUUGGAAGCAAAGAUCGGCGUUGAUCUGGCGAGAAAAUUGAAAGACAACGCCGAAGGCAUUGACGAAACCGUCGUGAAACCGACGGGGAAGAGGCAGUCUAUCGGUUUAGAGGACGGGUUCAAGAGCGUUUCUCUGGUAGCCGAAGUAGAAUCCAGACUGGGAGUGCUGUUAAGAAGGCUAACAGAAUUAGCUAUGGAAGAUGGAAGAAUUCCCGUUGCGAUGAGAUUGACGGUCAGAAAACAUGACUUCAAUAAACCGUCUACGGGUAAGAGGGAGACUCGGCAAUGCGCUCUACCUAAACAUCUGUUGCCUUCAUCGAAAUCCGCCGUUUACGAUCACGCGAAAAUGUUAGCACUGGCGAUGAAACUGUUCCAUCGUACCGUCGACGUUUCAAAACCAUUCCACUUGACGCUAUUAGGCGUCGCGUUCACGAAAUUCGAAGAGAAGUCCUCUGGAAAGAACAGCAUCACGUCUUUCCUGCGAAAACAAGUCGCCGUUCAGUCCGUCUUAGAUAUAAGCUCCGAGGAAGGUAUUCCCGAGGCGAAUCACGGGUCACCGAUGAGCGUGAACCAAGACAGCAAUGAUGGUUCCGCUAUGAGCACCACCUCCUCACCGAUCUCCAAGUCAAUAGGUGCCAGCAAUCAGAGCGGCGACGACGAUGUACUGAACGAGAUAGAACCUCUCCCGAAGAAGACCCGGCUGGAAGUGUGGUUGAGCGGGCGCAGAGAAUCGCCAAGCAAUGAAAUGGCCGAUCUACGACUGAGUCCCUCGUCACCGAUGCAGCUGUCGCCGAAGAUCGACGCGGCGGUUCUCAAGUCUCUCCCCAUUGACAUACAAAGAGAAGUAACCCGCCCUUGGCCAACGACCAGUAAACCAAAACCGAAUAAUAUACUUAAAUACUUUAUAGCCAAUAAGUGACCGAGUUCUGUGGCCUAGACCUAGACCGUACUAUAGCCAUCGUUCUGUACACACAGCGAUUACAAUAUUGGAUGGCAGCACCAUGUGAUAUUAAGAAUUUAAGUUACUGAAUGUUUUAAAUUACCUUUGCGAUAUUUCGGUAUUAAACUUCUUCUGUACACACACACACACACAUACACACGCACACACAUAUUUCUUAGCAUUUUAUAUUGAACGAGCGUCGACACGUAACUUUGGUCACAUCGUUAAGCAUAAAAAAGGUUGUUUGUUCGUUAAUUGAUCCCCGUUUUCCGUUGCGCGCUUAACUCUUUGCACUCCGAACCAUCCCGGACGUUAUCUACCAGCUAAUCGGCGCCACUUUCUCGCAAAAAUGCGCACUUACGAUCCCUCAUAAUAUAUAAUAUAGCUUUGGAACCAAAUAAGUUAUUAUAAUGAAACGAUUGGAAAUUUCUAAUUGUUAUUACUAACUCACAAAAUGAUAUUUACUAAAAGAAUAUCACUUCAGAUUUUCUCACUUAUUAGAGCAGAGAUCUAUCUGUAACGCUGGACGCUUCAAUUCUAAAUGAGUUCAGCUUUGAAAAUCUUCUCCUCCAGUUUUGGACUUGAUUAUUUAUAUUUAUAAAUCUCAACAUACAGUGCAAGAUAUGCUUGCAUACCAUCCUUUCUUCCACGAACUAUCCUUAUCGCUCUUUUCAAGUGGCGUUGACAAGCGCUUAGAACGUCGCGAGCGCACUUCUCACGUUCUCUUUCGACGUAAAACCAGCUAAUAUUUUUUUUAAAUAACUUAGUAAUCGUACCAUAUUUUGAUUUGAUUUCCUGUACCAUUUCAUUAGAAAACUUUAGAUAACCAUACAUUUUUUCAAAGAAUUGCGCUGGAAUAAGUUGAUUCCCCGGAAUCACUAAUAAAUUUUAAUGCCCCUCAAAGGGGACAGCGGAGUGCAAAAGGUUAAUAUAUUUAAGAUUAAAUAAAUAAUAUUUCGUGUCCAUUGUAUUUCUAAUUCGUUUCAUCAUUUUUAUUUUGGUAUCUCGUCGGCGAAACAAGUUUAUCUUUUAAUUAAAGUUAAACGGGGUGCUGGCAUUUGAUUUUGUACACGUAUUAUGUAUCUAGCGUUUAAAUUAUCAUUGUAUGCUUUAAACAGAGAAAUAAGAAACGAUGUUUAUAUAUUUUUAUCAUUGUCGCUGUUAUUCUACGUGUAACGAGUGUUGCGAUAAACAAAAAAAAAUACACGGUGCACAGAAAAUACUCAAUCGGCCUUACCAUCCCAAUUGGUAAGGAGCACGGUAAAUCACAUAUAGUUUAUAAUAUAUUAUAACGUAAUUAUAUCCAGAAUUAUUGGACUGGACAAUCAUACAGUUUUAUCGGUUCGGUAUGGUACAAGGUGAAUAUCACCGUCAAAUGAAAUGAGGAAAUCAAUCAACGAUCCAUGUUAUAAAUAUUAAUAUUGUUAUAAAUAUUGAAUACACACGCGGUUCAACGAAUAGUAUGCGUGGCAAGUGAUACUGUAACAAUAGCUUUUGUAAACGAUUAUACAUACGAGGGUACGGAUAAUUUAUAAACGUAUAUAGAAAUAUUCAUAGCUAUUGGAUAACGAGAAAACGAAGGAUUAUUUAUCAGCAAGCUUUUUUUUAUUAUUUGUUCACUCGUACGGGAGAAGCGGUAUACAGUUCUAACUAAAGUACUCUUAUUAUUAUAACUUCUGGUUGUGAGAUACGUAAGUAUGUAUAUGAAUAUUUUAUACGCCACGAGGAAUAUGAGCGGUCCGUAUAAGUACGCCCGUCGAUGUUCCGAUUAAUUGAAAUAAAGUGCGACACACAGCUGACACUGCUCGGAUAAUUGCGUUUGACAGUAUUCGAAGAGUAAAAGAUAACUUCUUUUUUAUUUUGUACACAACGACGGUUCAUAUUUCCUCCCAUUCAUUUCAAUAAAGGAAGUUCAAGUUGUA